GGAACAACUUAACGUAAUCUUGUAUUGCUGUCAAGUACGAGAAUAUCGUAUCAUUAAUAAUGUCUUCUGUUGGUUUAGCGCUUCUCUCCAUAUUUCUGGCAACCCUUUGGUGGUUCUUCCGUCACCGGAGGGCUGAAGAGUCGUCGAAAAGUGGCCGGAAACUUCCGCCGGGGCCACGUCCGCUUCCUAUCAUCGGAAACCUCCACCAGCUGGGCACUCUCCCGCACCGGAACCUUAACGAGCUGUCAAAAAAAUAUGGCCCCAUAAUGUACUUGAAGCUGGGGAAAGUGCCAGCGGUGGUGGUUUCGUCGCCGGCCGCCGCGGAGCUGAUCCUUAAGACCCACGACGCCGUGUUUGCCAGCCGGCCGAAGAACGACGCGGUGAAAAACAUCGCCGACGGGUCGAAGGGGAUGGCGUUUGCGCCGUACGGGCCUCACUGGCGGGGGAAUAAGAAAUUUGCGACCCAGGAGCUUCUCACCGCGGCGAAGAUCGAGUCGUUCGGGGAUUUGCGGAGGGGGGAGAUGGUAGCGUGGGUGAAGUCGAUAGAGGCGGCAGCCGGCGGCCGGGAGGCGGUGGAUCUCACGGCGGAGGUGGGGAGGUUGAUUGAGAACGUUACAUACAAAAUGCUGUUUGGGACUAGUAACAAUGAUAACCAUGACUUGAAACUCAUCGUUCAAGAGAUUGUGUCGUUGAUCGGAGCUUUCAAUAUUGCAGACUAUCUUCCCUUUCUAAAGCCAUUUGAUCUUCAGGGCUUGAACAAGAGACUUAGGGCACUUGGAAAAUCAGUUGAUAAACUAUUUUUAGAAAUCGUCAAAGAGCAUGAACAAGAUGCAAAAAAUGGUGUACAAAAGAGCAAUAAGGACAUUGUAGAUAUGAUGCUGGCCUCCAUGAAGAACCCUUCAUCGUCCCACAAGCUUGACUUGGCAAGCAUUAAAGCACUUCUCUUCGACAUGAUCGUAGGAUCCGUGGAUACCUCGUACGCAUGGAUCGAGUGGACUCUAGCAGAAAUCAUGAGGAAUCCCAGGGUGAUGAAGCUUCUCCAAGAAGAGCUGGAGAACAAAGUGGGACUGAACCGAAUGGUGGAGGAGAAAGACUUGCCAAACUUGGAAUACUUGGAGAUGGUGAUCAAGGAAAGCUUCAGGCUCCAUCCCGUGGCCACGUUGCUCGUUCCCCGAGAGUCGUUGGAAGAUAUCGAGCUAAACGGGCACUUCAUACCCAAAAAAUCGCGAGUCAUGAUAAACUGUUGGGCAAUCGGGCACGACCCCAGCAUCUGGUCGGACAACGUGGAAGAGUUUUUUCCCGAGAGGUUCAUGAGCAAGAGCGUGGAUAUCCGGGGGCAUGACUUUCAUCUCCUGCCGUUUGGGUACGGGAGGAGGGUAUGUCCCGGAGUGAAUUUGGGAUUGAUUAACGUUAAAUUGAUUGUUGGUCAGUUGAUGCAUUGUUUCAAUUGGGAACUGCCUAAUAAGAUGUCCCCUCACGAGUUGGACAUGACCGAGACAUUUGGUUUGGCAUCUCCAAAAGUGCAGCACUUAGUUGCCGUUCCCUCGUAUCGCUUGCUUUAAUUUGCUGAUUACCUUAUAGUCUCAUGUUACAAUUAAUUUGGUUUCGUUUAUUAUUGUUUAGUCGAAAUAAUUUUCUGUAAUAAUUAAUGGUUUUGUACCUUUCCACAUAAAAUAUGUUGAGACAGAGAAUGAGUGCGUUAUGACA